GUGACUUAGUUAUUAUGUUAUAUAUUGCCUAGUUUAGCUUAAUUUAACUGGAAGAAAAAUAGCACCAAUAGCAUAUUAGUAAUUUGAUGAUUGAUACAGACUUUAUCAUUUUCAAUUUUAUUGUGAAAUGAGGUUUUUCUAGAAGUUAAUACCUUUUCUCUCUUUCAAAACACAGGAUUUGAGAGUAUUUUAGAAGGGCUUUAUGGACCACGGCUACGAAGAGACCUCAGUUUAUUUGAAGACUGUGAACCGGAAGAGCUGACUGACUGGUCUAUGGAUGAAAAAUGUUCAUUUUGCAACCUACAAAGAGAAGCAGUCAGUUCAACACCAACAGAGGAGCUAUCAUCUCAGGGCCAGUCCAACACUGAUAAGAUUGAAUACCAAGCAGAAAAUUACCUAAAUGCACUCUUUCGAAAGAAAGAUCUUCCUCAGAACUGUGAUCCUAACAUUCCCCUAGUUGCUCAGGAAUUAAUGAAAAAGAUGAUACGUCAGUUUGCAAUUGAGUACAUUUCAAAGAGUGGUAAAAUUCAAGAGAAUAGAAAUGGUUCGAUCGGACCGAGUCUAAUAUGUAAGAGUGUCCGAAUGAAUCAAGCAGAAAACGCCCUUCAGGAAGAGCAGGAAGGCCCCUUAGACCUCACUGUGAAUCGGAUGCAAGAACAAAAUACUCAGCAAGGGGAUGGAGUGUUAGAUCUCUCUACAAAGAAAACCAGCAUAAAAUCUGAAGAGUCAUCCAUAUGUGAUCCUUCUUCUGAAAACUCAGUGGCUGGUUCAACUGUUGAUGCAAAAUCAGAGGAAGCUACUAAAAUGGAAACAGGAAAAUCAGCACUAAGCAGAGUUUUGGCGUCUCUGUGCACACAUCACCAGCAGCAAGCUCUGGCUCUGUUGUCGUUUCUAGCCGCAGAGCAGGCUGCCGCCCCUCCUUGCUGCUGUGGCGGGUCGCGUGCUGUGUCUUCAGACUCUCGAAAGCCCCUAACUGAAGAUGACUCUCAUGGUCUGCUCUGUUGUGAGUACAGGCUGGCAGAAAGAGGGCGUCUACGAAAUGAGAGACCACGCCCUGGCUUUGCCCCUCUGCCAGCCUGUAUUACAGGCUCGUGUUUAUCUUGCCAGACUGUGACUGUCGAACACAUUAGGACAGGAGUGAAUGCAGCACUCGCAGAUACUUGUCCUUCCCACAGGUGCUGUGCUGGACUGUUGCCCGACGUUCACUCUGCGACGUCGGCCUUGCACGGGCCUCUUCUGUCCAGGGUAGGAUGUGACCCUUCAGUCAGCCUUAAAGAUCCUGGGAGAUCUCGGAGUCCGUCACCCCCCCCAUUAUCACCUGUACAAGCGGAGGGAUUUGAAACACGGAAAGAUGGCAUCGCAGAGCUUUCGGCCUUAGAAAGUAAGAAGCUGGAAAUGAACAUUAACCAGCCUCCAUCUCUCACACCCGCAGAAAUCAGCAAGACGGGUGAUCAUGAAAGCAGAACAUGUGAAACUAAGAAGUCUAGCAACUCAGAGUCUGUGCUCUCAGGUGACAGCAAUAGCUAUACUGCAGAUCGGGAAAACGGUGAAAUUGCUGUAAUUUUUCCAGAUUUAAUGGAUCGCAUUAAUGAAAAAUUAAAAUCAAUAGAAACCACAGAUAUGACAAACCUUGUGAAAUUACCUGGCAGUGAUUGUGAUGCAAAUAAUGAUUUUAAAUUGCGAAAUUUAAUAACCUCUCUCUUGCAUAAUGCAAAGGCCAGUGAUUACAGUUUUAUGGAGUUACUGAGUCAGCACGAUAAAAAGACAGAAAAUAAAAUCAUUCAGACAAGAUUCCGAAAGCGUCAAGAAAACUUACUUGCAAUGCACACCUCUCCUGGCUCGUCUGUGUUCAGAAGACAAUCAUUACAGAUAAAAAGAGAACUUGCUAGUCUUGAUGGGUAUUUUAUAAGAAAAAAGCACACUGGAAAACAUUUAAAGAAAGGGGUGCACAGUGAGGAGGUAUCUUUAUCAAACAAAACAGUCUCUCAUCACCAGGGGCCUUCUUUACAGAGCUCUGAGAAUCCGCAUGACAGAAACGGAGAAACAUCGCCGUACCUGAAGCGCGCACUGCAGACGUUGCAGCUGCCACCUCAUAGUUCGAGAACUAACUUGGCUCUCGACACAUUUUCAGGAAGCUUUGAAAUACCUUCGUCUGAAAAGGCAAGCCAAGGACGAUCACAGCAGAGCCCUGCAGUGGUGGAGGAUCUAAAAUUAGAGAAUAUCCAGACACCUCUGGAAAGUGAUGUUCCUGGACUUUGGGGCAGAACCAAACGAAGUAUCGUGCCUCCAGGCUGGUGCUCUGUAUAUGUAACCAAUAAUUAUGUUUUCAAAAAAUCGCCAAAGGCCAAAAGAGUAUCUGAAUCCACACACAAGAAAGACCUAGUGGAAAAUAUUCAGGUUGAAAGCUCACACAAUUUAGAUCUAAACAAAAUCGCAAUGAAUUCUAAUUUACAAGUUGUGGUGGAGCGUUUGGAAGAUACAAUAAAUAUGGCCCAAAAGUCUUGGAAUAAUCAGCCAUUACCAGAAGGAUUUAAGUCAUCCCAGAAAUUGAUACAAGUCGGUGAUAGAGACCGAAGUGCUGUGACAAAUACGACUUUCACUGUAGGUAGAAUGACGUGCAGCGAGCAGACUGCACUGUCAGCCAGCAGCAUCAGCAAAAGUCAUUGUACGCCUACCGUGGAUUUGAACAACAAAAGUCGUGACCGUCUGAAAAAGUCAUGUAUCUUAAAGGUGGGUAGCUUGACCUCCAGUGUUGAAAACCUACCAACAAAAUAUGAAGGUAUUGAAAGCUCUUCUUUUUCUAACUAUUCUAGUCCUAUCAAGCUGAUGUUUUUAUCUGAGGUUCAAAGUAGUGAAGGAGUCAAAUACACUUUAACAUCAGUUGGUACCUCCCGGUCAGAUGAUGAUCUUCCUUCUGGAAAACAUACAACCCGUGACGUAUUUGAAAAGAAAACAGAAACGAAUGAGGAUACCCCACGUGCCAACUUUGCAGACCGUGGCUCUAAUUCUUACGAUGCCGACACUCUACGAAGAGAACUAAAAUGUAACUACACCAAAACCUCUGCAGAGUCCUUUGCAGUGUGUGUAGAUGAUAUAAAUAGCGAAAAGCCACAAGAAGAACCCAAGGAAAAUUCAAGCAUAGCCAUUGACUCAUCUUCUAAAAGGAAACCAGGUAGACCUAAAAAAAUAGGACCCCAAGUUGUGAAACAGAGUAAGCGGCCCAUUGGGAGACCACCGAAACCUAGAACUGAACAAACAGAUGUCACCAUCUGCCGAAACGAAUCCUUCUGUGCUAGGAAAAGCCCUGAUUCUCUGUCGCCAGAAUUGGAAAAAAGUGCUUAUAGGAAGAGUAUAACAGUAACCGUGACUUACGGAAGGUCGCGCAGGACGAGGAGGCACGUUUCCGAAGGGAGUGUGGACGUCAGCCGUGUCACCUCUCUCAGCAGUAACGCUGCUGCUCCCAGAAAUCCGCAGCAGCUAGGGGCUGCCGUGGGCGGGCAAGUGAGCCCCACAUGGAGCUCGGACACUGGCAGCGAGAUCUCGGAGUCUGGCUUUGAACACGUUAGACCUACCGAGAGCAAGUGUGUGAUAACUCAGCCUCCCAGGAGCGUCAUCCCAAGUCAGAGGCCUCUGGCAGUAACCAGGAAGCCUGGGAGACCAGCCAAAGUGAAAAUCUCUGGCAUCUCCGUGACUGUUAAUAGAACCUCACCUCAGGGAAGAGAAGUAAGUCUUAGCAGCUGCUCUCCACCUUUACAACAGGAAGAUAUGCUAGAAAAAAAUCUGCCAGAAGGGAAACAUGACCAACAAUGCAAAAAGACGACUACGCCAAGGCACACUGAGGCUGGCGUGUUUGAGAAUGGGUCAGAAAGCGUGGUGGCUCUGGUACCCUUGAGACAUUCUAUUGGGGAUAGGAAACCAUCUCUGCAUUUCUUACAUUCAUUAGCAUCUUCCAGCUCACUGAUUUAUAGAAAUGCUUUCCUCCAUAAAUCAUAUAAGCUCCAUUUGCAGAAAGGUGAAAGUGAGAAGGAAAAACGUAGGCAGUCAAGGAUAAUAACAGCUUCCAAAGAUAGCCCAAGAGGUAGACAGUCAAGCGAUGCGAAGAAGUGUGUGGAGGAUAAGAAGUCGAUCCCCCUUUCUGAAAUAUCCUUAGACCCUAUCAUUUCAUCUGACCCUCUGCUUAGGUGGUGGGCUACUUCUGCUUCGAGUGAUUGCUUGUUGGAGGAGCUGAAUGACAGAUUUGAGCAAGUAACAAAUGCUUGGGUCCAGGUGAGCCGAGAUGAAGCUGGAAAUGUUCCUAAGAAAAGAGAGCACAGGGAAAAUGAUUUCGAAAUAGAAAACCCUUUGGAAACUCUUUUAGAAUUUGAGGUUUCACCUGUAAAAAUGCUUUUUCAGAAAAAGUGUGAUUUGAAUGAACUCUGUGCCUGGUUUAUGCAGACCACAGAAACACACUCUCUUUCACUAGUUAGGAAAGCAAAUGCUCGAAACCCUUGGGAAGUGAUCAAUACAAGGGGACUUAAAUUAGGGGCCAAAUAUUCCGAUUUCAAUUCCAGCCCAUUCAGAAAGCACUUUAAAAAAUUUGCACUCUCUUCUCCCUCAAAAUCAGCAGGGAACUUGCAUAUACUAAAAAUGGUUAGCUCUCCACUCUUAAAUGCGAGAAGUAAUUUAACUCUAGCUAGACUGAAAAGGCCUGAGUUUAAGAGAUUGCACCGGGAAAGGUGGAAAAGAGAGGGGAAGCUGCGCUGUCACGGGACAGCUGCCUGGCGCUCUAGAAGAAGGAACCCCAGAUACUUCUGUCCGAACCAGUUCUUAAAUAAGACUCAGGAGGGGGGAAAUGCUGAUAUUCCACUCCAAGGAAAACACACGGUAGAUAAGCAGUGUAUCUUGCCACCUGAGAUCAGAGAUGACCGUCUGCAGCCAAGGGUGGCGAUGCCUGACUGCAGAGCAAAGCGUGCUAGCUUAGAGAAGAAGUAUGAGUCAGAGGCAAAGGAGAAUGGAGCAGACUGCGGCCAAAAAGAUUUUGAAAAGGGACCGAGAUUAGGAAAUGUGUGUCCCAAUAAUUGGAGGUCGAAAACCUUAAAAGAUUGUAGGAUAUUUUUGAGGAAACUCAACCAUCUUGAACACAGAAAUACCUUUAAGCUAAAUACGGUUACCUCCUCCCCUGCGUCUGUUGACCGUGGAAGCAGCCAUCAGACUCGUGUAGAGGAGUCAGAGUGCUUUACCUUAAGACCCCGUCCUGCUAGGCAAAACUCUCUCCAGAGUCAGUCUAAAGCGAGAGAGAAUGCUAAAGCAGAGAGUCCUUCACCUGGCCAACUUGACAACAAUAAAUUAAGUAAGUGCUCUAACUCUGGCAAGAAUCCAUCUGAGGGUUCUGAAGUUCUUAGCAAGUUGAACAAGAGAAAAAGACCGCCAUGGAAGACCACGGAAAUGUCAGCAAAAAGACCUAAGCGGCAGUCUUGCAACAGUGGACAAAUGGCAAACUAUUGUUCAAAAUUCCAACUAGGAAAUAGAUGGGCGUUCACAUCAGGGGAGAAUCGUGACAGUAACAGGACCCAGGAGCUGGUGUGCAGGACAAGGCAGUAGACCGCAGGCCGUGAAGACCGACGUAUAGUUGGGUGACAGCAUGCUACAAAUGAAAACUGAUGAGAAACUGAAUCUGUCUGAUGAGAACACAAGCUGCCCUUUGAGCCCCAUUAAGACGUGCCUUAAUCGCCCCGUUGGGUG